UCAUUAAUAAAUUAAUAAAUUUCAGUAUCAUGUGUAUUUAUGUUAUAUUUUAUUUUAUACAUUUUUUUUCACUUGUAGGUACUUACAAUAUUGCUGUCAAAGCUGCUAAGAAUGUUCUAGAGGGAAACGUUGCUCGGACAGAAGUAGAAACAGAUUAUGAUCAACCAAGAAAGAGAAAAAAGAACAAGAAAUAUAUAGAAUCUUCAGAUGAAGAUGAAGACAAUCUUCCGUCAAACAUCUUUUGUAGUGCUAGCAAUAAAGUGCCUGCACCAAAUCCUCUUCUUCCAAAUAAAAUAAAAACACUUUUUAAAAAUAAAUCUAUGAAAACGUCAAUGAUAUGUCAAAAAGACACGUCUGUUGGGAAAUUAUUUUCCCGUAAAGAGUCACGUGUUACAUCUUUGAGUCCUUCUAAGUUAACUUAUAAAACUACGUUAGACGAAAAUCCGAUGAAGCAUCAUUCUAUGCUGGAAGAGACUGUACAACAAAGAGAUUUAGUUCCUGAAGACUGCAACACCAAAAUGUCGGAAAAUUUUGGAACUGCUAAUCCAUUGCAAUCAAAAAAGACCACGCCUGUCAGAAAAUUUAACAGAAUGCCUCAAUAUUUAGACAAAGAAAACUAUGAUGAUUCUUUUGAUAGUAAGUUUAUUACUUUUCAAAUAAUAGAUUUUUUAGAUUUUACAACUAAUUAUAUUUCCUGUUUUCUUUUAUUGUGAAUUUAUUUUCUGCAAUGUUACAGUUUCUGAAAAAUGCUCAUCUUCUCAAUUAACUAUAGAUAGUAAUGAACUGCAAUCUAUAUCGGACAGUUCUUCAGUAUCAAGCCUACUAUCUGUACGUAAUCUCGUAGAAAAAAAACAAAGUAUUUUGCACCCAAAGAAUGUUAACAGAACAAAGUUAUCUUUAGCCUUCAAAGAUGGUAAAUUCAUUAUUAUCUGUCUACUUUUCCUAAAAUUAAAUUACAUUUUUAUCACAUUUUUUUACGUGCGCUUAUAUUUAAAUUUGUAUUAAUCCUUUGCAGAUACAAUCUUUCUCUCUCUCUCUCUCUCUCUCUCUCUCUCUCUCUCUUUCAAGUUACUCGUACAUGUUACUUAGUUACAUAGUUUCUCUUUGUUUAAAUUAAAAUUUUAUAAAUGUGAAAUAAUUUGUUUUUUCUUUUCUUUGUAUGUGUUAUGUUAUCUUACUCAAUAAAUAUUGCUUACAAUAAAUAAAAGUAACAAUUCUAAUUUUUAUAUAGAUGAUAAAAAUGACAAUGAACAGUACAAGAAUUUUAAUACAAUACACUCCGAAACUUUAAAAGAAAAGAGUGAAGAUGACGUUUUAAAAGUAGAAAGGACCAUACUAUCUACGAACAACGAGAAUGAAGUAUUUCCAAAAAUCACCACUAUUUCAAGGUUUGAUUUUUCCAGAUAAUCUUAGUUUCGAGAAAUGAUUUUUUCUGCACACAUACCACAUUCUUUUCCUUAAUUUAUAUUUUACAUUUAUUAGGUUUAUCAAAUGCAGAUCGUGACUUGCUUACGACAACAUUAAGCCAUUUAAAGAAGCUUCAUGGUAAUUUUUAUUGAACUUCUUUGUUUUAAUACAUAUAACUGUGCAAUAUUAACAUAUGUUACACUUUGUAAUUAUUAAUUUAUUUCCGUUUUUCCAUUAAUUCUGUAGGACCGGUUGUAUCUAAUCUUGAUAGAGAUUUGCUUCGAAAUGUGUCAAGUAAACUUGAUAUAGUAUUAAUGAACCAACGUCGCAUUUUAAAUGAAAUAUUUCCUGGUGAAGCUAUUUUAGAUAGACCCGAAAAUUGUCCCCCUUUUCCAUUACGAGAUGAGAAGUCUUUUGAGGAAUUCAACGAAUUUUUGGAAAAUAAAGUUGCAUUUUCUCAAUUUGUAAGUACAGUUGAUUUUUUAAUUUUUAUUUAUAUUUUGUGUGGUGUACUUACAUAUAUGAUUUAUAUUUAACUUUUAAUAUAUGUGAACUCUUCUUACAUAAUUUUUAAUUCUUGUGUUUUUAAGGUUAGCUAUCUUAAUGCACUUUUUAAUGAUUGUGAUCAGUGGAAUGCUGUUACUCGUCUUAUGUCUAACAUAUUGCACAAUGAACUUGCAAGACAAGUUAGUUGGAAAGGAACCAGAGGAGUGAAAAUUUUUUUUUACGGAACAAGAAUUAAGGAAGCUUUGUUUUGUAAAUGUUUUACGUUUAUCUUUUCUUUUACUUAUUUAAAAUAUUGAGACACUGAUUAUAAAUUAUUAUAUUAAAUUAUAAGAAGCAAGAAAUAAUUUAAAAUCACAUUUUUCAUUUCUUUGUUUGGCAAAUUUUUAAAUAAAUUAAUUUUGAUGAUGUACUAUUAUUUGUUUAUAAUAGAAAGAAUAUUUUAGUAAAACGUAUUAAAACUUGUUUCUGUAUUCGUAUAAUAUAUGAUUACAAAUUGUGAUCAGUAUACGAUUUAUUUUCAUUAAAUAUGUAUAACAUUCAAUUAUUUUAACAAAUUAUUGUAUUUUAUAUAAUAUUUAAUUAUUGUAUAUAACAUUGAAUACAAAUUUUGUGUGUGCAUCUGUACAGAUUUCUUUACUAAGAAAAUAGAAAAAUAAAUUAUCUUUGCUACAUUUUACUAACGUGCUAGAAAGGUUUAUGUGAUUUUUUAUUUUUUACAUGAUUCAGUAUGAUACGGUAAUUUUUAGAAGACUAAUUCUUUUAAUUUCUUUUUUGUUGUUGUUUAGGUGCUAUAAUGGGCCGUUUUAAAAAUGAGUCUUUAAAAAAUGCUGAAGAAGCUAUAAAGCGCUGGUUGAACACUUCAAGUCAACGCAAAUAAGAAAAAUAUAAUCAGAUCUUUCACUUAAUUUGUGAUUUUUUAUUAAAUUUGUGCUUUUCAUUUUUUUAUUUUUAUUUCUAGAUUUUUAGUUAUUUUUAUAGAUCAUAAAAAUUGUGCAAGAAUAAGAUUGUGCAAUAAUAUUUGUGUGACCUGUGUCAUCUGUGAUCUUGUAAUGAUUCAUAAUAAAUAUAUCAAAUUAUAAAUAUAA